AUGCGUCCUAUCCGCGACAUCAUCUCUGCCCCUGGUGCCAAAGGGGCCAUCGAAGCUGCCGCUCCUACCCAGCAGGUCGAUAUCCCUCGCCUCAACCUCGACAAGAUCGAAGUCGAGAAAAAGGCGGCCCUUUCCUCCUCGGACGAGGCCGAGCAUGUGGAGAACGUCACGAACUGGGUUGAAAAGCCAAAGGCCCGGCGUCUCGAUCGCGGUCUCGACUGGGUCGUCCGUGCUUCCGGCUCGCAGCCUGUCUUCUUCUUCAUCCUUGCGGGUAUUCUUACCUGGGCGCUCCUCGGAAUACCCUACGGUGAAACGGAUGACUGGGCAGUGCUCAUCUCUGACAUCCAGGCCAUCAUCAGCUACAUCUUUGACUCGUUCCUCAUGAGGCAGCUGCUGAAUGCCUACGAAUCCAGCAUCCGCGUCUCGGCUAAUCUUCUAUCUCGCAAUGAGAGCAACAAGCGCAUGCUUCGCACUGCUCUGGGUAGUGGCCGCUUCACCAAGCCCAGUGGGGACUGGGAACAGCGUGCUACCAUCUACCGAGACUUUGCUGCGGAUUUGCCCAGAGAGAAUCUUGUUGGCCGCAUGACAACGCGCGUGUCCUUGGUCUUUGGUCACAUCGGCACGCUCUGCUUCUACUGGGCUGGUAUCUUUGUCUGGAUCGGCUUCGGCCAGUACAGCGGAUGGAGUGACACUUGGCAGCUGUACAUCAACUCUGCUACUUCUGCCCUCAUGGUGCUCAUUUUCGCCUUCCUUGCCUACGUCCGCGAACGACACAAUGUGUACAUCACUGCCUGCUUGCAGCAUAUCUUCAAGGUCGACUCGGCUGUCGAGCUCAAGCUUCGCAACAUGACUGGCGACGACAUCCCCAACCCGACCAUUGUCGUCCCCGCGCCCAAGAUGAACAGAAUUCAGCGAGCAAUCUUUUACUAUGCUGAUCUUGUUGGCACCUUGACAGGUAUUGUCAUCUUGCUCAUUGUCCUCAUCGUUUGGAUUUGCAUUGGUCCUGCCAUGGGCUUCAGCUCCAACUGGUGGCUCCUCAUCGGCACCUACGCUGGUCUCGUUGGUCUACAUGACGGCUUCGUUCUCCGAAAUGUCCAGGCCAAGUUUAAUAACUACGAAGACAAUGCUGUCGACAACGUCAACCUGUCGGACAAGGCCAUCUUUGAGGAUUUGUCGCUGCCUGAUCCGGCAAACGCGCACGUCCAGGACAAGUCCCUGACUUACCGCAUAUCCAAGCGUAUGGGUGCUAUUUGCUCUCACGAGUACACAGUCAUUGCCGGCGUUGUUCUCAUCAUUGGCUUGAUUGUUGGUGCCAGCGCACAGAGAUGGUCUCUGACUGGUCAGCUUCUAUGCAACGUGCCGCCUUCUCUCAUCGAGUCCUUCUUCAUGAUGAUCCUCAUCACUGGUCACAAUAUUGCUGAGAGCAAGCGCCGUGUUGAGUACCACAACGUUUAUCUCCGCCGAAUGAAGCUGCUUGCUUACGUUGAAGCACUUGAUGGCGCAGCUAAGACCGCCUAA